CCGCACGACUUUCCUCGCCGACUCUCGCUAGUGCUCUCCAGACGGCUAACCCCUUCUAUAUAUUGAAUCCUUCCCAUCUUCUACGUUCCUCGCUCUCCCUCUCUCUCUCCCUCUUUCCUUCUAUUUUCCUACUCUGUAAGAAAUCAGAAGAGGAAUUUCUUCAAUGGCGCAGGAACCCAGCAAGAUUGCGUCGUUCAGGAAGUGGGUCGUGGAUCAUAAGCUACGAGCAGUCGGUUGCCUUUGGCUUACCGGGAUUGGGAGUUCGAUCGCGUAUAAUUGGUCCCGGCCUAAUAUGAAAACUAGCGUUAAGAUCAUCCAUGCCAGGCUGCAUGCGCAGGCCUUCACUCUGGCUGCUCUAGCUGGGGCAGCAGCUGUGGAGUACUAUGACCAUCGUUUUAAUCCAGAAGCAAAAGUUGACAAGUUUACGAGUCAAUAUAUCGCCCGUGCUGACAAAGAUUAAAUCAGUUCUUGCCUGAACCAACUGUGGAGCCUUUCAUGGAGAAGAGUACUGGCUUUUGCCACUUCUGAUUAUUUAUUUUUUAUUUACGGUACCAUAGUGACAUCUACAGGGGAGUCACCCAGUCGGAUAAACUUCUUAAAGAUUGGAUCUUUUGUAAUAUUUGAAGUUUUCAACAUUUGCUGUAGGCUCUGUUUGGCUGAAAGGAUUUGCAA